AUUCCGUUUACAUCACGUGGUUACAGGAUUCCGUUUUAACCACGUUGACACACAACAAAGAUGGCGGCUAAAUCGAGUCAGAAGAUAGCUCUUAUUACCGGCAUCACGGGACAGGAUGGUUCCUAUCUGGCGGAGUUGUUAUUGACAAAAGGAUAUCAGGUCCAUGGUAUUAUAAGACGGUCCAGUUCCUUCAACACCUCUAGGAUAGAGCACCUGUAUGCUGAUCCCAAGUCCCACACGGAAGGAUCCAUGCAUCUUCACUACGGAGAUCUCACAGAUAGCACCUGUUUAGUCAAAAUCAUCAGCCAAGUCCGUCCGCAUGAAAUUUACAAUCUGGGAGCCCAGAGCCAUGUAAAGGUCUCCUUUGAGUUAGCUGAGUAUACGGCUAAUGUGGAUGCAGUUGGAACACUUCGCCUGUUAGACGCCAUCAGAACCUGCGGACUGGCGGACCAGGUCAGAUUCUAUCAGGCCUCCACCAGUGAAAUGUUCGGAAAAGUCCAGGAGAUCCCCCAAAAGGAAACCACUCCAUUUUAUCCCCGAUCUCCUUAUGGUGUGGCCAAGCUGUAUGCGUACUGGAUUGUCGUGAACUACAGGGAGGCCUACGACAUGUUCGCCUGCAACGGAAUCUUGUUCAAUCAUGAAAGUCCCAGAAGAGGAGAGACUUUUGUGACAAGGAAGAUUACACGAGCUGUUGCUAAAAUUACCUUAGGACAACAAGAAAAUGUUCAGCUGGGAAACCUGGAUUCCAAAAGAGAUUGGGGACACGCAAAAGACUACGUGGAGGCAAUGUGGAUGAUGUUACAACAUGAUAAGCCCGAGGAUUUUGUGAUUUCAAUGGGAGAAACACACAGCGUUCGAGAAUUUGUGGAAAAAGCCUUCAAAGUGGUUAAUGUGGAUAUAAUAUGGGAGGGAGAAGGUGUGAAUGAAGUGGGCAAAGACAAAGUGACCGGGGAAGUAAGAGUGAAGGUCAAUCCCAAGUUCUACAGACCCACAGAAGUGGAAUUUCUGCUUGGAGACUGUACAAAGGCAAAGACAGAACUGAAAUGGCAGCAGAAUUAUUCGUUUGAUGCACUUGUCAAGGAGAUGGUAGAAUCAGACGUAUCACUAAUGAAAGCCAAUCCCAAUGCAUAAUAUACAAGGUUCAUCUCUCCAUUAUUAUUCGCAGUACAAUGGACACUAGUGGGAUCAAUUCUUAUAUUCAUUUGAUGAAAUAUUGGGUAUUCAUUAUGUUACUAGUAAAUUUGGAAGUUUCAUGAGGAAUGUGAAUCGGGGGUAUCAGUCUGUCGGCUUUUAGUACCUUCUGUAAUCCAUGAUGUAGACUCACACUGCCUUACAUAUUGAACAUGAAUGGAAUAAAUAUUUUACUGUGUGUCAAUGUCAGAUACUUCUUGGUCAGUGAUUUCCAGUCUGGAAUGAAUACUGAGACCCUGUCAACAUUUUCUGGGUGUUGUAACACAGAUUUCAAGGUUUUUCUAGAUGUUGUAAUUCAGAAGUAGUCAUUGUAGCAGGCUAGACAGCAUCUAAUAUAUUCUUACGCAUAAUACUAUAAUGUUCAUUAAUGCCAGUCCCAGCUUUGACCAGCUAGCUUUAAAGUAUUAUCCACGACCAUCAAUUUAUUGUGAAUACAAAAAUGAACAUUUAUUUUGAUUCGUUUUGUGAUUUAUGAUUCUUAAAAAAUUAUUUGUCUAUUAUAAUUUUUAACUCUAGAAUUCUAGAAAUUUAUGUUAUAGAAUCACUGGAAAUGUUGUGUGACACUGUGGGUGGGUGGGUGGGGUUGUCGAAUUUUCAUGGAGGAUGACUUCAUGCUGUCUGUGUGCCUGCUUCUGUUCAUGCCUACAUUUUGCAAAUUGUCAAGAAGAUUGAAAAGGUGUUUUUGAUUUGUACUUUUUGCAUGUGCGCCAAAACAAAGACUUAAUUCAGGAGAAAGUGAUAUUUGCAAAUUUGGCGGACAUAUGUAUGACUUUACUUAAUCUUCCAUGAAAUGUAACAAAACUUCAUAACCAGGAAAGAUAACUGUGCUUCUUCCCUCAGAACUAGCACUUUGGACCUCACAAAAAUAUGUAACCAUACAGUGAGACCCAGUUAUGUUUGCCAUUAUAAGAGUGUUGUGUUCUACACUUAAUACUGAUCUGUGUAAUUUCAUUUGUAUAAUGGGUAUUUAUUUUAGAUUCUAUUUUUUCUGUCGUUUAGAUAGGAUUUAAGAAAUAUUUUAGUUUUUGAUGCAGUUAACUGAAGAGUAGAAAUUGAUAUACCGUAAAACUACUUACAUACAUGAGUAUAAAAGUGCAAUGGUAUUUUUAUAGGAAUAGUGUUGUAAUCAAUAAGUUAUGUUUUGUGUUCUAUGCAUGUUUCUCUGUACAAAUGAAAAAGAAUCUCAUAAUUAUUAUUUUACCUGUGUGGUGUUUCUCCGUUACAUUUACUUUGUUUGAAAUCCAUUUUUACAUGAUUGUAUGUCUGUUCACACCACCACGUCCCCAGUCUUCACGUGGAACUGAUCCAGUGGAACAUAAAUAACAAUCGCAAACUUUAUGCAAUUUGUGAAUUAUUAGGAAAUAGAACUAGCACUGGUAGUUAUUCUGUUGAUUGACAAUCACACAGUCGUAGUCACCUGCCUAUCUUUAUUCCUCUGUAUCUCACAGUCCUCUGUAAUCCGAAAUCCCUUCACCAAGGUGUUCUUUCAGUUUAGUGAUAUCUUGAGAAAUGUAAACAAUAAAACAGACAGCCGCACUGCUGUUCAGCUGUUAAAGGCAACCGACUAGGCUCUCUCUGGAUCUCUUGAGUUAAUGGGGUAUAUGUAAAUAUACGCAUUGUUUCAAAUUUCGGUGUAAACUGAGUUUUAGUUCUAACCCUGUUCAGAUUAGACAGGUUUUGCUGUAAGUGCUUUGUACUGUACAUUCCAGUGUCUUGAGUUUUGUUCUUAUAUAUUGUACAGCAUAUAUUGACUGGGCGAUAUGAGUUUUGUUUUUUAAUGUACAGCGUAUAUUGACUGGGAGAUGUUUGUAUUGGUUCUGUAACAAUUGUGCACGUCUUAUGUAUUCAUGUUUUUACCAACAACUAUGGGCAUGUAUUAAAGCGUUGAGGUUCAUGUAAAGGUAUGUGAAAUCCAAAUUUAUAAGCAGUAAUUGUAAGUAAAUUAAAAGAUAUUUAAUUUCA